CUAGAGCAGAAGUACUGCUAGUCGCCUCCGUCUGGGUACCAGCCCCCCUUAUCACUCUGCUGGCGCAAAAGGAAGAAGGAAAGUAGCCACGGGCAUUGCAGGUUUGUAGAUCUGUUGGCCUGUAGGUCGCCAGGGAAAGUCGCGGCGACGGAAGGACCAAAGUGCCUUGGGACCGUGCAGUUUUCCAAAGCCGGCUAUCUGUCGUUCCCUCUGUCCUUCUGCCAGACUGCCCAUCAAUCACUGUGGGAGGACCACUGACCACAGAAGACAAGAGAAGAAGGAAUUUACUGGCUUUGGUAGAGGUUGGCCCUGGGAGACAAAUGGUGGGUCCUGAAGGGAGACAGAGGAUGACAGAAAAGAACAAAGAACUGGUGGCCAAAUAAUCCCCCUCUCUCAGCCAGAACUCAAACUCCACUCUGUCUGUCUCGUGAGGCAAAAAUCCAGGUAUUGCCAAAAGCCCUAAUAUAAUUUUUCACCCAUAGAUUCAUCACAGGAGAGCCUCAGGAGCCUGGAAUAGGCUGAAGCUGACUCCCCUCCACCAUCACUCACCCUGGCCUUAAGAACCCUCUUCUUUCAGGUGAAACAAGACCCUCUCCUGUUCUGUCCUACUGCACCCCACCACCCCUCCCCGCCCCCAGCUGAACAGACCUGAACAUGGGCCGGGCUCGGGAAGUGGGUUGGAUGGCCGCAGGACUGAUGAUUGGGGCUGGUGCCUGCUACUGCGUUUACAAACUAACCAUAGGAAGAGAUGACAGUGAGAAGUUGGAGGAGGAGGAAGAGGAAUGGGAUGAUGAGCAGGAACUGGAUGACGAAGAAUGCGAGAUUUGGUUUGAUUUGACAACUAUGGCACGGCCCUGGAGUGAGGACGGGGACUGGACUGAACCUGGGGAACCCGGUGGUGCCGAGGACAGACCUUCAGGUGGGGGCAAAGCCAGUCGAACAUACCUGAUAAAACAGCGCCCGUUCCCUUAUGAACGCAAAAAUACUUGGAGUGCUCAGAGCUUUAAAAAGUUCAGUUGUGCUCUUGGCCUCUCCAAGGGCCCUUUCAUUCAGGGAAAAGUGUUGUUAGCUGAGCCCAAGGAUGCCAGUUUUUCACUUAGCCGUGAUAUCAACAGUGAUUUGGCCAGCCUCUCCAUUGCUGGAAACACAAUCCCGACUCCCGACCCUGCUGUUGAGGAGGGAAAGGCUUUGUGUGCCCCGGAUAACUUGAAUGCCAGUGUUGAAAAUCAGGGCCAGAUGAAGAUGUGCAUCAGCCAAGUGUGUCGGGAGACUGUGUCACUUUGCUGCAGCUCAUUUCUGCAGCAGGCUGGAGUAAAUUUGUUAAUAAGCAUGACAGUUAUUAAUAACAUGCUUGCCAAGUCCGUUUCAGGCUUGAUGUUUCCUUUGAUACCAGAGGGAAGUGAAUGUGCUGAGGGGCAGGUUGUGAAACCCCUGACGGGUUUGUCUGAAAAGCCAGCCUUGUCAGGGGAGUUGCUGAGAGCCCAAGCGCUAUGCCCCUUCCUGCCCCUCUUUAUCAGGAACACAAACAGACAGCUUCUCUCAGAAACCCUGGCCUCUUAAGUGGCCCCUCCAACAGGGUGGGACUGAUCCACUCCAAAACAAAGCCCAGUCAGUGGGUGAACACACACUUGUGUUCUCAAAGACUCUGCAGUGGGUGCUAUCGAAGACCCAGCCUUAGCUGGAUCAGCACAUCUCUGGGUGAAAGUUGCACUUGCUAAAUCCAGGACCACACUCUUAACUGUGCAGGGGUUCCCACAGAGCUUUGAGUAACCUCUUGGUUUUUCAGUCUGCAGGCAAUGUGCAUUGUAAAUUGCUCCCUUGCAGCCUUCUUCCUGUGGUAAAGAGGUCCUUUCAGCUGCCAGCUGUGGUUAAAGAACAACAUGUUCUAGCCUCAGUGGGGAUGCCUGGCCUGUGGUGGUCUCUGUGUCUAAGCUGGACCAUGUUGGGGAGACCAGACCCAUAUGGGGGCUUGUGCCAAAAAUGUAUCAGUUGCUGCUUAGAUGGGAUUCUUUCCCUUUACUCUCUUUUCUUUGCAAGCCUAUGAACGAUACUUAUUGAGCAAAAAAGUACACUCCUCUUCUAUGUGCUGUACUGACUUAACCUCGUCCACCAAGUCUGCAUUUUUAUGUAUCAUCAAUAAAGCUGUGUGCUUUAACUGGCAAAAAUGA